GCACCAAUCACUUCCUGUUAGUAGUACUGUUUUGGAGUGUUUUCGAAGCGAGAAACACGCGGUCUGCAGUGUCGCCAGUUAUUGACACUUGACUCAUCAACAGCGAAAGAUGGAAAUCGGAGAGACGCACGGCUCUCCAUCGGGUGAACCUGCCGAAGAAGAGGAAGAAACCUGUCCAGAGACUACCGCUACCGAUCCAUUUGAGUACCUUGAUCGAGGGGAGUUUACUUCGGAAAAAUACAAAAUCGAGAUAUCCAAUCUUCCGAGACAGUGCAGAAAACACUGCUAUGCUGAGUUGAAGAAGAGGCUAACGAAGACGCUGCAGUUGAACCCGCACAAAAUAAAGGCCAUACAGAGGAAGCCUUUCGCAUUUGUAACUUUCAGGAGCUCUACAUUUACAUCUCGACGUCUCAAGAAAAAGAUGGAAGUGCCCAAAGUGUGGUUAUUUUUGGCGGGGAAAAAGAUAGAAUUUUUACCAGCAUGCAUUGCUACCUGUCAUGUGUCAGUUUUCAGUCAAGCGUAA